CACUCCCGGCUUCAGGGACUGCAGAACAUUCAUCAAGGAUUUUGUAUCCAAGGCCCAAAAGUUUCUUACCUAAGAUGAUGAAUGCUGACAUGGAUGCAGUUGAUGCUGAAAAUCAGGUGGAACUGGAGGAAAAAACACGACUUAUUAACCAAGUGUUGGAACUCCAACACACACUUGAAGAUCUCUCUGCAAGAGUAGAUGCAGUUAAGGAAGAAAAUCUGAAGCUAAAAUCAGAAAACCAAGUUCUUGGACAGUAUAUAGAAAACCUCAUGUCAGCUUCUAGUGUUUUUCAAACAACUGACACAAAAAGCAAAAGAAAGUAAGGGAUUGAUAACCCUUGUUUAAUGGAAUUACUGCUGCUUUUUUCUUUAAAAUUUGGAUAGGUUCCAAAAGUUAGAGUACUUUUGUUUGUGGCUUCAUUGAGUAUUUAUGAAGAUUAUGUCAGAUUAGGCAAAAUUAGAGCAUAACAGAAAACUUCAUGAAUUUGUGUAUUAUGUUAGUCCAUGAAAAUGUGCAAAUGUAGAGUCUUUAUAAUUAGAAAUGCAUAUAUUUAUGAAACUUGAAAAUGAAUGUUUUACUGAAUUUCCUUUGAAUUAAAAGUUUAACACUGUCAUUUAUAGGCAUAGUAAGAGAUACAAGAAAAUAAUCACCAUGUUGUGAAAAAGUGACCAAAAUCAUGUACUGAAUGCACAGCUUUAUGUACCCUGUCCACCAUCUUGUGCCUCUUCUCCAUUUGUUUCUUCCUUCCCAUUUCCCUUCUCCUAAGGAAAAUAAUUAUUUCACAUUGUAAAAGUAAUUUCAGUAGUUAAUCAUCUAUGAGAGUCAACUGAACCGUAAUUGUUGAAACUUAACUGAAAUACUUUCUCAGUUAGGGCUUAUUUGUAUUUAGUUGUAAGAUAGGAUUGUUAGUUUCUCUUCAAUCAACUGAAAACAGAGGCUAUAAAAAUUUUUUCUUUGAAACUGAAUUGUGAAAUUGAGAAGAUUUGUUAAAAACCUUUUUGCACAAAAUAAGCCAUUUGGUAUCUGAAAAGCUCUGGUUGUGUGUGUGUUUGAAAUAGAAAAUUUUAAGAAAAAAUAGAAACAGGAUGGAAAAAGUACUUCAUAUACAGCAGUGACCAAUUCCAAAUGUUUUUACUCCAGAUCCGUGUUAUCUUUAGCACAAAUUAGAUCUUUUGAAGAAUAUGUGUGAAAGUAGGUGAAGUUUGAUUAACUUUAUAUAAACCAUAUCUAGAUUACAAAGAGUUUGGUCUCAAGGCUUAUUUGUAAUACCCAGCAGAUCAACUUUUGCAAAAUCCCUUGAGUGUAUUAGUAUUGAAUCCUGAAUAAAAUAGGAGAGUUUUACAUGUAGUCUGAUACUUCCUCAGUAUUUUAUCUUGCUACUUCUUCCAGAAUUUUCUGUAAAUCCAACUACUUUGCAGAGUUUUAAUCAUUCUUUAACAAUUUAAAAAAUUUUAGUUUGUAGGUUCCAUUUGGUAAGAAACUUAAUAUCAGAAGUAAUGCUAAAAAGAUCCACUAAUGUAGAUUUGGGCCACUUUUAAUCAUGGAAUAAUCAUGUUUGUAUUGGUGUAAGAUUCAAUGAAUGACUUUAGCUGUAUGAAUAUAUAAUAAUAAUACUGCAAACAUUUUGUGUCCCUUUUGUGACCUAAUUCACAAACAUUUAAGAUUGUAUUGCAAUUUUGCUUUGCUGUUUAAUAAAAUACUGUUUCAGA